GAUUUUCCACAAAGCAUUUUUCCCGGACAGCACGGACGAAAUUAUCGAAGUAGACUCUACCACUAAAGCCAGAGAUUUUUGUCAUCGAGUUGCAGCACGACUGGGAUUGCUAUCUAUAGACGGUUUCUCUCUGUUUGUCAAGCUUGGCAGCAAAGUGAUCUCAGUACCAGACACCGAAUUUUUCUUCGAUUUCCUACGCCAGCUCCUUGAAUGGAUGCGCCCAAAAAAUCCGACAAUAUUCACUUUGCCAUACCAAGUUUUAUUUAUGAAAAAGCUGUGGAUUAAUACGGUGCCCGGUGAGGAUCGCGUUGCCGAUCUUGUAUUCCAUUAUCCACAGGUAUGA